AGAGAGAAAAGCCAGACUCCAAAAACCCUAACCAGGUCGCUGAAAGGUGAGAAGAGAUGGCCACAGAAGUCAAAGCAGGGCCCAUGGUUCCAGAGUCCUUUUUGAAGAAGCAGAAGAGGAGUGAUGAAUGUGAACUAGCAAAGAAGCAAGAACUCGAAGCUGCCAAGAAGAAGAACACUGAGAACAGAAAACUUAUUUUCAACAGAGCUAAGCAGUAUGCACAGGAAUACAACGAAAAGGAAAGGGAAUUAAUCAAUUUGAAGCGUGAGGCGAAGUUGAGAGGAGGAUUUUACGUUAACCCAGAAGCUAAGCUGCUCUUUAUCGUUCGAAUCAGGGGUAUGGAUAUUUUUAUCAAUGCCAUGGACCCAAAAUCAAAAAAGAUUUUGCAGCUUUUGCGUCUAAGACAGAUCUUUAAUGGAGUAUUUCUUAAGGUGAACAAAGCCACAUUACAGAUGUUGCAAAGAGUUGGGCCUUACGUUACCUAUGGAUAUCCCAAUCUUAAGACUGUCAAGGAAUUGAUCUACAAAAGGGGUUAUGGAAAGCUUAACAAGCGAAGGACCGCUUUGACCGACAAUUCCAUUAUCGAACAGGGUUUGGGCAAGUAUGGAAUCAUCUGCAUUGAAGAUCUUAUUCAUGCGAUCAUGACAGUUGGUCCCCACUUCAAGCAAGCAAACAACUUCCUGUGGCCCUUUAAGCUGAGUGCACCUUUGGGUGGGCUCAAGAAGAAGAGAAACCAUUAUGUUGAAGGAGGUGAUGCAGGAAACCGUGAAGAUUACAUUAACAAACUUAUGAGGAGGAUGAACUAGAGAGACAACCUAAGUUGCUUUAUCUAAACAUCUUGAGGUUCCUUAUCUGACAUCUUUGUGGUUCUAGUAAGUUAAG